AUGGAUUUACUUACUGAACCAAAUUUGCACUCGUUGAUUACUUCAUCUACUCAUAAAUGGAUCUUUGUUGGUGGUAAAGGUGGUGUCGGUAAGACCACAUCAUCAUGCUCUAUCGCCAUCCAAAUGGCAUUGGCUCAACCACAGAAACAAUACUUAUUAAUUUCCACUGAUCCUGCUCACAAUUUGAGUGAUGCCUUCGGUGAGAAGUUUGGCAAGGACACUAGGAAAGUUACUGGUAUGAACAACUUGUCAUGUAUGGAAAUUGACCCUUCUGCAGCUCUCAAAGACAUGAAUGAUAUGGCUGUCUCUCGUGCUAAUCAAAACGGUGGUAGUGAAGAAGAUGGUCUCGGUGGCCUUUUGCAAGGUGGUGCACUGGCUGAUCUGACUGGUUCCAUCCCAGGUAUCGAUGAAGCUUUGUCCUUCAUGGAAGUGAUGAAACACAUUAGAAAUCAAGAAAAAGGUGAAGGUGAAACGUAUGAUACUGUGAUUUUCGAUACAGCACCUACCGGUCAUACAUUAAGGUUUCUACAAUUGCCAAACACAUUAUCGAAACUAUUGGAAAAAUUUGGUGAAAUCACUGGUAAAUUAGGACCCAUGUUGAACUCCCUUGCUGGUGCUGGCAACAUUGACGUCGCUGGAAAAUUAAAUCAAUUAAAGGAGAAUGUUGAGACCAUCAAACAACAGUUCACUGAUCCUGAUUUAACAACUUUCGUCUGUGUGUGUAUCAGCGAGUUCUUGUCAUUGUAUGAGACUGAAAGAUUGAUUCAGGAAUUGAUAUCCUACGACAUGGAUGUAAACUCCAUUAUUGUUAACCAACUUUUGUUCGCUGACGAUGAUAAAGAGUACAACUGUAAGAGAUGUCAAGCAAGGUGGAAAAUGCAAAAGAAGUAUCUAGAUCAAAUCGAUGAGCUAUAUGAAGACUUUCACGUGGUAAAGAUGCCCUUGUGUGCUGGUGAAAUCAGAGGGUUGACUAACCUGAAGAAGUUUUCACAGUUUCUAAAUAAGGAAUACGAUCCGAUCGCUGACGGAUCGAUCAUCUACGACUUGGAAGAAAAGAACUGA